AUGUCACACGAAGAUGCUCAUCACCAUAUCGUCGCCAUUGAGGCCAUUCAUUAUCAAAUACCCGAGUUCGACAUACCCGGAAAAUACACAAAAGCCGUACACCGCUGGACCGAGCCAUCAGAGCUUAUCGAGCGAAUCAAAGAUGCCACGAUUGUCAUUACCACAACCAUCCGUCUGAAUUCGGAUGUCCUAAACGCUGAAGCCACUCCAAAACUCCGUCUCAUCGUGAUCAUGGCAACCGGCACAGAUUGCGUCGACUUAGCAGCAGCCAAGGCCCGAGGAAUCCUCGUUUGCAAUUGUCCAGGUAACAAUGUGGACAGUGUCAGUGAGCACGCCAUUGGACUCUAUUUCGCUACGCGACGAAGGUUUCUCAUAUUGCAUAACGCCACAACUUUGGUGCCUGAGGAUCCGGAUCUCAAUACCGAGUGGAAAACGAACGGGUCCCUGCGGUCGAAAUUGGCUAGAUCGGACGGACGGGGUCCGUUGUUGUGCAGUGAUGAAAUUGUCGGUAUCAUUGGAUACGGAAUGCUAGGGAAGCGUAUUGAAGCCUUGGCUAAAACUCUUGGCAUGAAGGUUAACAUAGCUGAGCGAAAGGGUGCGACUCCUCGAGGAGAUCGGAUCGCCUUUGAAGAUGCUUUGAAGGAAUCGACGGUUUUGUUUUUGUGCUUGCCUCGAAGCCCCGAGACGAUCAACUUGAUCUCGACUGCAGAGUUUCAGACGAUGUCCCCUCAUGCUUUGUUGAUAAACGUCGCAAGAGGCGGAAUUGUUGAUGAGCAGGCGUUGCUUGAAGCUCUUAAAGGUGGCACCAUUGCAGGAGCGGCCACGGAUGUGUACGCCAUAGAACCUUGUGGGAGAGGAGACUCACCUUUAUUGAGCUCUGAAGCAGCGGAGCUAAAUUUGGUUUUGACGCCUCAUCUCGCUUGGUAUGCGGAGAGAACGUUGCACAACUUAGAGGCGGCUGCAAAGGCUACUGUCGAGGCAUGGUGUCAUGGUCGACCCAUUCAUCAAGUGCAGUAA